AUGGGCGCCACAUUCUCUCAGUUCUGGGCCCCGCCGCCAAUCACAGUUGGCUUAAUUGGUCUUCGCUCAGCAGGAAAAACAACCAUCGUGCAUACAUUGAGCGGAAAUCCAGAUCUAGUGACGCCAUCCAUUGAAAGCGAGUCUCCUUCAUUUUCGGCCAUUGAAUUCAUAACACUGACAUCAGUAGCCGUCGAGAUCACCCCCGUGUUUCAAGGAAGCCAACGGUUCAAACUCUUCGACUAUGCCGGAAAUCCGCACUGGAGACCUUGUUGGAGGAGUUUCAUGUCCAGAUUACAAGCCGUUGUUUUUGUCAUCGACAGCACAGACAUGGAUGCACUACAGGAAGCAAAGAUGGAGUUGAUUGGGUUGUUGGAGGAAGAUAUGCUUGAACAGCAGCCGUUUUUAGUGCUUGCUAACAAGCAGGAUAAUUCGAAAGCCAUGAGCGUCGCGAAAUUGACUGAAUACCUCGAUAUACAACAAUAUCUUGACAGACCAUCGAAAUGCCGCGUUCAGUCUACAAGCGCAUUGACAGGGGAAGGGUUGGCUACGGGUCUAGAAUGGGUGCGAAAAGCAUUUUAA